AUGAAGGCGACCACGUUUCACUCCCUGACUUCCGUUGCGCUUGGCGUCGGGGCCAUGCAGCUUCAGACUCCCCUCUACUCGUCAUAUUCUUUCAACCCCCUCCAGCAUCUCGCAGGAAUUGCUCCCUAUUAUGAACCGGCAGAUCCUCCGCGAGACCCAAACCCUCCUCAAGGCUGCACGGUAACUCGAGCGGCCUACCUUGUACGGCACGCAGCCAUCAAUGCAAACGAUUUCGACUACGAGCAGUACCUGCAGCCCUUUCUCUACAAGCUAGGCAACGCGACAGUCGACUGGGCCAAAAUACCCCAGCUCUCUUUCUUGGCCGUCUGGGAGCCUCCGUCCUUUAGCGAGCAGGAGCUGUUGACCAGGACCGGCAAGGUUGAGGCCGGCCAACUCGGGCUCUCCAUCUCAUACCGGUAUCCGAAGCUCAAGUUGCCUCAGAGGGUAUGGACUUCGACCGCAGAACGCACGGUACAGAGCGCCAGGGGCUUCGUCCGAGGCCUGGAGAUGGACGACAACACCAUCAACCUGGUUGAGAUCCCAGAGGGCAAGGAGGACGGAGCGGACAGCCUGACCCCGUACAAGAGCUGCAAAGGCUACACCGCCGCCGCAGGAGCAGAGCAACAGCGCAAAUACGUCGAUUUGUACACGGCGCCCAUCAUCGCACGGCUGAAGAGCCUGGCCCCAGGCUUCAACUUCACGUCCGACGACGUCACAGCCAUGCAGGCCAUGUGCGGCUAUGACACCGUCAUCCGCGGGUCCUCGCCCUUCUGCUCGACGGACCUCUUCUCCCCCGACGAGUGGCUGCAGUUCGAGUACGGCCAGGACAUCCAGUACCACUACAACACCGGCUACGGCAGCCCCUACGCCGGCGCCAUCGGCUUCCCGUGGGUCAACGCGACGAUGAACCUCCUGGCGGCCGAUACUUCGGCCCAAGACAUGUACGUGUCCUUCACGCACCGCGAGCUUCCGCCCGCGGCCCUCGUCGCCAUGGGCCUGUUCAACAACAGCCUCUUCUCUGGCGGCAACGACGUCAACGCCACCAUGCCCCUGGACCAGAUCAACUACAAUCGCGCCUGGGUCUCGAGCCGCAUCCUCCCGUUCCUGACGAACAUUGCCAUUGAGCGCAUGAACUGCAGCGCGAACCAUGCCGUCGCCGCCGCCCAGGGCAGGAACAUGAGCUCGUCUCCCUCUGCGACGACAUACUACCGCGUCCUGCUCAACCGGAGCCCCCAGGUGCUGCCGGGCUGCUUCGACGGACCGGGGCAGAGCUGCUCGGCCAAGGUGCUGCCGGCGUUUCUGCAGCAGCGCGCAGACACGUUUCGGAAUUACUCUGCUGUUUGUGGCAACACGUAUAAGAAUUCGACUGAUGCGGUGACAUUCUAUACCAAUUCGAAUAACGGGACUGUUGUGGGCAAGAAGAGACACUUGAUGUGGUAG